UCUAAGGUCUCCAGCAUGGCGGGUAGACGGGCUCUGAAGGCCGUGCUCAUUGACCUCAGUGGUACGUUACAUAUCGAGGACACAGCAGUCCCCGGGGCACAGGACGCCCUUAACAGGUUACGGCAGGCAUCUGUAGCUGUGAAGUUUGUGACCAACACAACAAAGGAGAGUAAGAGGAACUUACUGGAACGACUGCAACGUCUCAACUUCGACCUCCAGGAAAAAGAGAUCUUCACUUCGCUGAGUGCAGCAAGGAGUUUGUUAGAGAAGAAACAACACAGGCCGCUGCUGCUGGUGGAGGACAGCGCACUGGAAGACUUCUCUGGUAUUGACACGUCAGAGCCAAACGCUGUCGUCAUUGGACUUGCUCCUGAUCACUUCAACUAUCAAAUGCUCAACAAGGCCUUCAGAAUGAUUCUGGAUGGAGCUCCUCUCAUCGCCAUCCAUAAGGCUCGGUACUACAAACGGAAGGAUGGUUUGGCUCUCGGCCCCGGGCCCUUUGUGACGGGACUUGAGUAUGCCACAGACUGUAAAGCUAUUGUGGUGGGAAAGCCGGAAAAGGCUUUUUUCACACAGGCUCUGUCUGAUUUGGGAUGUAGCCCCAAUGAAGCUGUCAUGAUAGGAGAUGUAAGUAUGUUGACUUACUGA